UGAGGUAUGGACUCGCCCCCAGGUGGACGGCGCGGACACAGCCGCCUCCGGAGGGCUGCUGAUGCAGGUCUGCCCUUCCAUAACGCUGAAUGACAAAUGGGAGUCACAAGAAAAAGAAAGCUUCCUGGGGUGGGUCUUUAAAAACGAAACAGUUUAAAAUCAAGGUUACAAAGUUUGACGCCAUCUCUCAGAUCUGCUGGUUUUCGGGGGCAGUGAUGUGAUGGAAUGUCAAGUAAUAAAGACUGACUCAGAGAGCGAGGGCGAGCCCUCGUUUGUCAGCUGCGCCUGACAGCCAGUCCUGCAGAGAAGGAACCACAGGUGAGCAGGGCCGUGGCCGCAGGACUGCCCUGUAUCUGACUGCGGCAUGCAGACCAAGCCACACAGACCUUGGCACAUGGCUAGCCAAGUGUAACGUUACCAGGUUCACAAGUUCCUGGGAGAGCGCAUCUGGAGCCGCACACCCUUUGCGGGAGAAGAGAGUAGGAGGGGCGACAGGGGCGCGGCGUGUGAGCAAAACCCAGAGUGUGGACACCAGUGAAAUCUGAUCGCGCGCCAGGAAGAGUGUGAGGCCCCAAAUGCCCCAGAGCAACCUCGACCUUGAGCGGCCCGGGGUCAUGGUGGUCUGCUGAGCCAGAGGCGGCGCGCUGCUAUGGAGAACCCGGUGGCCCCCUGCGUCCUCUACCCGGGGGACGACUGUGGCCGCAGUCCCGAGCCCGGGGGCGCCUUUGCGCAGGGAGCGUGCGGCCAGGCAGGGGCCCGCGGCGGCGCGCCGGAGGCUCCGGGAGAGGGCGGCCUGCAGCCGCCGGAUGCGGCCGGGGGGGAGGGCGCCGCGUCCCCGGCGCAGACACCCUGCAGCCUUAGCGCGUCCCUGUGCUUCAGCUCCGGGGACGACUCCCCGCCGCAAUCCCGCGCCUCCUCCGUGGAGGGCGCAGCGGCCUCUCCGCCCUCGUGUCGCAACGGCCAGCGGGUGGUGGAGAAGCAGUGGGAGGUCGGCAGCGCGGGUGCCGCCUCUCCCGAGGAGCCCGCGUUCCCGGAAGAACCCGCGUCCCCGGAGGAGCCCGUGCUCCCCGAGGAGUCCGGGGACUCCGCGCCUCUUCCUCCCGGCGUCGGGCCGGCGCACGGGGAGCCCGACCUGGUCAUCGAGGUAUCCGGCCGCCGGCUGCGGGCGCACAAGGCGGUGCUGGCGGCGCGCAGCGACUACUUCCGCGCGCGCGCGUCGCGGGACGUGCUGCGGGUGACGGGUGUGGGCUGGGCGGCGCUGCGGCUGCUGCUGGCCUACGCGUACAGCGGGCGCAUGGCGGGCGUGCGGCCCGACAACGUGGCCGAGGUGGUGGCCGGCGCGCGCCGCCUGCAGUUGCCGUGCGCCGCGCAGCGCGCCACCGACGCCGUGGCGCCGCAGCUGAGCCUGGCCAACUGCCUGGAGGUGCUGAGCGCGGCCAAGCGGCAGCGGCUGGCCGAGCUGCGCGACGCCGCCUACCGCUUCAUGAGCGACCACUACUUGGAGGUGCUGCGUGAGCCCGCCGUGUUCGGGCGCCUGUCGGGCGCUGAGCGCGACCUGCUGCUGCGCCGCCGCCUGCGCGCCGGCCGGGCCCGCCUGCUGGCCGCCGUGCUGGGGCCGGCGGGGGAGCGCGCGGGCAGUCGCCCGCAGAGCCCGUCGGGGGACGCGGAGGGCCGCGGCGAAGCCGCCGUCUACUGCUGGCACGAGGCGGCGGGCGAGUGGCGCGAGCUGACGCGGCUGCCCGAGGGCGCGCCGGCGCGGGGCUGCGGCCUGUGCGUGCUCUACAACUACCUCUUCGUGGCCGGCGGCGUGGCGCCCGCGGGCCCCGACGGCCGCGCGCGCCCCUCGGACCAGGUCUUCUGCUACAACCCGGCCACCGACCGCUGGAGCACCGUGCGGCCGCUGCGUCAGGCGCGUUCCCAGCUGCAGCUGCUGGCCCUGGACGGCCACCUGUAUGCCGUGGGCGGUGAGUGCCUGCUCAGCGUGGAGCGCUAUGACCCACGCGCCGACCGCUGGGCUGCCGUGGCCCCGCUGCCCCGGGGCGCCUUCGCCGUGGCGCAUGAGGCCACCACCUGCAACGGCGAGAUCUACGUGUCGGGGGGCUCUCUAUUCUACCGCCUGCUCAAGUACGAUCCGCGGCGCAACGAGUGGCAGGAGUGCCCAUGCAGCAGCAGCCGCGAGCGCUCGGCCGACAUGGUGGCGCUGGACGGCUUCCUCUACCGCUUCGACCUGAGCGGGGGCCGCGGCGACGCACAGGCGGCGGGGCCAGCGGGCGGGGUCAGCGUGUUCCGCUACCACUGCCUGGCCAAGCAGUGGAGCCGCUGCGCUUCGCACCUGCGGCCCCCGGGCGCGCCGUCCGGCCUGCAGCCCUUCCGCUGCGCGGCGCUGGACGGCAGCAUCUACUGCGUGAGCCGCGCGGGCACCUGGCGCUUCGUGCCCCCGCAGGACGGCGAGCCCGGCGCGGACGCGGACCCGGGUGGCAGCUUUGAGCCUGAGUCGCUGGGCGCCCCUUUGGACGUUCGGGGUGCGCUGUUUCCCUUCGUGCUCAACCUGCCCGAGAAACCGGACAAAGGCGAGGAGGGCGCCGCGUAGGGCGGGCUGGGGUCACCUGGGCGUCUCCCUCGGCAGCCCUGGGUCCGGGAAGACCCCUUGGGCUGAGGUUUCCCCUGGGAAGGGGGGUGAAGGGAGUGGAGGAGGGGAGAGUCGUGGGGUAAGCCGCUGGCUACCUGCUCGUUUAAACGUUCUGAAGUUAGAAGCUUGUUGCGGGGCCACCAAGACUUUUUGCAAUGCUGUUUAAGGUCCGCUUCCCUAUUGCCCGUUCCUUUUGCUUCGCUUUGCUUAAUGGGGUCAUGUGUAAGAUGUAGGGCAGUGCAAAUAGGUAGCCUGACAGGUAAGACACCGGAUACCCGAAGGAGAAGGAAAUGGAGUCAAAAGAUGAUACUUCAAGGUGGGUGGGCGGGCCAGGGUGCACUCAGGGUGUACUGGGGUGUAUUCAUGAUGUACCUAAGCUGUAUUCACGGCCGAGGGUUUGUGGGGGGGUUCCCAAGAUGUAUUAGGGGUGCAAUGGCGCCCGAGUUGAGUGGACAGGAGGCCAGACUUGGGAUUUUGUGGUACCUUUGCUUACAGCACCAUGAGGGGAGAACGUAAAGUAGGCCCACGUGAACUCUGUUAGCAGAACCACUGAAAACAGGCACACGUGUUUUGGCUUGUGGUUUAAAAUGAUGACUCUCAAAUAAAGAUCUUAAACUCUUUCUAACUUAGUUAAAAAAUUCUUGCCACCACAUGCUUAAGUUUUGGUUGGCACAAUUCCACAUGUAAUCAGCAUUCACAGAGAAACCUUUGAUUACCAAUAUCUCCUGUCCAGUAAGCUUUGGCGUGUUCCCUCUGCCAUCCCACCGGCACCACAGGUGAGGUCAAACCCUCACACCCCGGAAGAGCAGCUCCAGCUCACUGUUCAAAUGAAAUGGGUUUAACAUUUUCAAGUUAAAGUAUGGUAAUAAUUACACUCAUGUUACAGUAAUGAUUUAGUAUUGUUUGCAUUUUAAAGCUUGGGUGAGUAAAUGUGUACCAAAGGGCUUGUCUUGGAGAGGAAAAGCUGACUGCUAAGGGUGCUUGUCUAUGUUAACCCUCGAUAGCCAUGAAAUACGCUCAACCAGUCUCAUUAUUUUAUGAUGGACUCAAAGAGAACGACCCACCUCCCCCAACAAGGUUAAAAUCAUUUGUUUUAGACAGUUCUGAAGACAAACAUGCAGGAACCUUUUGAACCCACAACUUAGGAUGUUUUAAAUAUGUGUUAAGUAGUUCUGAGGAGGGAAACUCAACUUGGAAAACACCAUUCUAAGAACACGAAGCAGGGUGGCAAUGAGCACUGAGGGGAAAUAACAUCAAACGGCAGGUUAGCAGCUAAACCACAUUUUGUAAUGGUGAAUUCCAAAAUACCAUAAAAGAAUUAACAUGACACUCACUACUUUGAUAGGGCACAAGGAUUAAAAACAAAUCAGUUGAUCUCUCCUCACUUGUUACAACAUUUUAAUUUUCAAAUAUGAACUGUUAGUGUGGGGAACAGAGUCCCAGAGAGCAGUUUCCAGGCUCUCGGCCUCACGUGGGAAGGUGCUGGCUCGGGCAGUAGAUGGCCGUCAGCUGU